AUGAAGAAGAUAAACUGGUCCCAUAUACUGUUUGACUUUUUCGCUGUGAAGGUUAUUACGACUAGGUGCGAUUACGAUUUGGCCAUGGAUGACGAGUUGCUAAUAGAAGACGUGCGAAAGUAUCCAGAGUUAUACAACCUAGCCCAUAAACAUUAUAUGCAUACAAAGAAGAAGGAGGAGAUCUGGAGAAAAAUAGGAAACCUAUUAAAUUCAGAUGGAGCCGCAUGCAAGACCCGGUGGGUUAAUAUACGCGAUAUUUAUCGCAAAUCCUUGAAAAAAGAGGCAACCAAAAGCGGCCAAGGGGCGAAACCGUUGAAGCCCUAUAAAUACCACCACCAACUUGGCUUUUUGAAACCAACCAUGGUUGAGCGGGCGACCAUCAGUAACAUAAGCACUGAUGGCGCUGGUUGUUCUGCGCCCGAAUCCGUUGGUGAACAAGAACCGGAGUUGGAACGCGAUGCGGUUCGCGUUGAGGCGAAGAAUCCACCUAAUAAAAAAGAAAACGAGUACCACACGAUGUACCAAAAUCUGCGAAGCCAUCAGAAAUGUUAA